CCUUUUUUCUCCAAGUUCCUCUACCAUGUUGCGCUAUACUCUACCUACAGUUCGGAUGCAUACCGCUGGAUUCCUUUUACCUGCCCCUAUCGACAUUCGACUGCUCUGGUCUUCCUAUUACGCUGUUCUUCCAACUACAACAUUGGACAUCUCUCCGCUUUUAACGUCGAAGCAACCGAUCCAAGUACCUUGUGAAUGAUCAACAAGAAACAUGAUCAUGGGAUAUGUGAUGUAGAUGAAGUUGCAUACAGAUUGGUCCUUAUGUGUAUGUGCACACGCUCAACCUUUAGUCUAACCCUUUUGCCACUCUUCAACGACUCUGCCUGUCAAUUUAUUGUAUUGUCACUUGAAUUUACUUCACAUUGCUUUUCACACCUCCCUUUUCACGGAAGCGCUUUUAGCCUAUCUCUGACACUUCAACCUUUAUUGAGCUUCAUUCCUGAAUUAUUGUUGUGGUUUUGCGAUCCUUGGAAAGCCCGUCACAUGGAUUCCGCGUGACCUUGCGAUCGCGUCCCAUUAAGAGCGCGUCUGCGCGCGCUAGUCACGUCUUUCUCAAUAUUCAGUACUGACUACUCAACCUCAUUCUGCCGAGUUCUACUUUCUCCCUGUUCCAUAUCAUUGUUCACCAUGUCUGGAUCAUUUUACGCGGACUAUUCUCGCUACAGUGGGAUGAACGUUAAUAAUCCUAACUAUAUUCAAACACCUGCUUUCGGAAUGUAUUAUGCGACUACGGCCGAUAAUGGAGCUCCUCAGCACUACGCUCAUCAUAUUCCACCCGCAGUUCAAGACCCUCCUGCUGUGCAAUCUCCUAAAGAGCCAAUUCUUACUCAAGUCAGCGUGGAUGUGCAUGAAUGUCAGUAUCCUACCGCUACUGGCCCUUGUCGCUUUUCGUUCGGUACCAAGGGGAUUACUCAACUAUCCGCUCACCUCCGUCAAGCACAUUACAUCAAUAUCAAAAGUGAAGCAAAAAUUGAAGGCGAACUGGAUACUCGAAGUAAAGCGAAGAUCCCCUGCCUAUGGUCUACGCAGGGCGGGCCCUGCGGCGAAACGUUCACCGUGGUGAAGUCUGUAGCAAGUCACAUAAUAACUCAGCACAUCCACAAAACAACGGGAGCGAGCUGGAUGUGGAAAUGCCCUAUUUGCGAAGAUUGUUCAAGCAGCACCGAAUCGCUUUGCAAGCAGCAUAUGAGACGAAUCCACUCAAUUAACUUCACCCGCUAAGUAACAAGACGAGCAAGCUUCGUUGAGCUCCCGCCAUCGGGCCCAUUGCUUUACUGUUACGGCCAUUGAUGUUACAUUAUCUACCCAUGUCUCUUAACGUUCGCUCACACUUAUCCUGUACUCAUUAGUACAUACUGGACUACUUCAAGUUAUCAUCCGUCUAUUGUCAUGUUGCUUCCGUACUCAUGUACUUACCUCUCAUGCUCUCUCUUCUCCGAGUUUUGUUCGAAUAGGUUAUCAUUAUUACCCCCAAACUGCGCAGAGUCAUGCAGUCCUUCCUAAAAUCCGAGUCUCCUAUAAGCUGUUC